CAAAUUGCGUGCCGAUUUUGACUUGCAGCUUUAUCAAAAUACCUGCUCUUGCAAACAAACCUUAUUUACGUAUAUAAAUCUUAAACUUUUGCGAAAAAUGACAGAUUCAAUGAAGUUUGGCCCAGAAUGGCUGCGUAACCUGUCGACGGAUAACACUAGUUUGUUAUCCAGUGGUGGUGGUAACUCUGGAGGCGGCACGUCAUUAUCCAACAGUGGAAGCAUUGUGGGUGCCUCAUCUGCUUCAAAUAACGGUGGAAAUGGUGGUGGUCAACAUUCAUUUGGAAUAUCAUCAAAUGUGUCGACGUCGGCGAUAACCCAAUUUUCGUAUGCUUUGGCACCUCGAAAUAACUUUCCAGAAUUCCGUUACGGUCGUGAAGAAAUGCUUUCGUUGUUCGACAAAAACUAUAACAUGCCUGAAAUAUUACCAACGUUUAAAAAAAUUUUCGUCGAGAAAGUUCAAUUGCCACUCGCUCUCACGCCAAGCACAGACGAGGAAUUGCUGUCCCAAGUACCACCGGCUCCAACACAGCGGCCUUCAUGGAUGCAACGAUCGCCAGUUGGUUUCAGUAGUUCCACAAGAGGAACUGGCAGAGGUGGAUCCGUAGAUCGUGGACGAAUGCGCGGUAAAUCUAAUUAUCAUCAAAUAUACCAGCGACCUACCGCUUUAUUUGGUGAUGAUGACUCACGUUCAGUGCCUCUAAAGACUGACCGAGGCUGGUCGGAACGCAAUGGAGGCGGAGAUUCAUUGAAUAUGAGUAGUGGGAAUAUAGGUGGAAUUGGCCUGAGCUCAGACUGGAAUGGUACGCCUACUUCAAGUCCCCGCAAAGAGUUUUCUAAUCAUCCCCGAAAUAUGGAAAACUGGCGCAGGAACCGUAAUGAAGAUGGUUCAGGUGAUGCAUCCACAAGUGGCUUGGGCAAUGCUGAAGCUUGGCGUGGAAGUAACAGCAUCAGUGGCAGUUUUGCAGCAACACACCGCUGGGGGCGUUCUACAAGUUGGCGAGACGACGAAAUAUCAGCCAGCCCAGCUGCUGACGUUGGAUUCAGCAAUAACGGUGGGAGUGGUAUGACUAUGCAACGUUCUUAUUCAACGAUAACAACUGUGACCGAACGAGGAAGUUAUGCUGGAAGCAAUAGUGGCGGCAGUACCACUAAAACACCCGCAAAUCCUCCUUACGGUACCAGUGCUAACCAGGCUUCCAGUCGAACGUUCAACGCGCUAUCUGGCUUGAAUGUACCAUCAACCCGCAGUACUCAAUGGAAUACCAAUAAUAGUAGUAUAGGCGGGUCUUCGGGAGCGGGUGGAGAUGGUGAAGACAAUUUGCCAGAGUGGGCAAUGGAAAAUCCUUCGAAUGGUGGAGGAACUUUUGAUGCUAGUGGUGCUUUCCAUGGCUCCGUGGAUGAAGAUGAAAGUGAAAACAGUAGUAAACAGAGUCGAAAAAAGAGUGAUUCAAGUUGUGAAAGUUCCACUCGUUACGCAGGCAGUUGCGUGAGAGAGAGUAAAUCUUCUGAAGCGUCUACUGGCGAAACAACGGCAUCUCUGGAAAAUGACCUUAACAAAGAAGGUAGAUCUGAAUCCUCCGAGCAAUCUGCUGCGUGUACUCCUGCAGAAAAUUCAAUAGAUUUACUAAAAGAAAAUGACCUAGAACCAUUAGCUGUUCCAUCUACAAAUAAUGAUCCGAAGUCCGUUGACGCCGAAAACACGGUUACGGAAGAGCUAGAUUCGGCGAACUUAGCUACUUCACAAUCUCAACAAGGAAGCACGCCAGAUACGACUAGUACAGAAGUGGUAUCAAAAGAAGCAGUUACAACUUCAAAUACUUCCUAUUACAAUACAACUAGUAACUCGGUCUCGACACCUAGUAAUACAUUAACUGAUAGCAACAGCAGUGUUCAUCGUGACCUGUCUGAUCGUAUGCGAGAGGUUGCAGAUGACAUGAUUGAAAAAUUGAUUAUGGACGAUGACACUAUUAAUAUUAGUGAUAAUGUGCGAAAUGCCAUUAAAUCAGAAGCAUCAGUCCAUGCAACAGCAGCAACACCAUCAACCCCUAUAGGAAAUAACAUCUGUACCCCUAAUGUUUUUACAAGCGUUGCUGUCAUGCUUAAGCAAACUCCGCGGCAAUCAAUGCCAACGCCAGCUGCUGUUUCACCUACCUUGACAUCGUUACCGGAUGGUAGCGUACACAAGGGCAUUCAACUCUAUGGCGGGGGAGUGGUCGUUGAUCACGCCGCAAUGCAACAUCAUCAUUUGCAACAGCAGCAGCUUGCAGCUGCGGUACAUCUUUCAUCAAGUGGUCGUCUACCACAUGGUCUAAAUUCGGCAACAUCAACGGCUACGCCAACGGAUCUGUGGUACUAUAGAGAUCCUCAAUCAAAGGUACAAGGUCCGUUCACAGCGAUCGAAAUGACUGAAUGGUAUCGAGCUGGAUAUUUUAACGAGAAUCUAUACGUACGCCGACUAUGUGAUACACACUUCCGUUCGCUGGGCGAGUUAAUAAAACUCUGUAAUGAUAAUAUGCCUUUCACACACAGCCAUCUAAUACCAAAUUUAGAUAACAUGCAUUUAUCGAAUUCUGCACCAGGAGCAGUGAGACAGCCACAAAAACCACAAUUAAUUGGCGACUUUACCUUAAAGCAGCAGACACAAAAUGAAAACCGGGAUCAACUUAAGGGCACUUUUGGCGUUGCCGGGGCUGAUUUUCUGAGCGGCAACGUAAAAAAUCAUAUUGUACCAGUAGAUGUUUCGAAUAUGUACUUUCAGAUGUUGCGUCAUCAAGAAAUGUUAAUAUAUAACGAAAUGUCGGAGAAUGAAUGUUUUCAGCAUCUAACACCGUCUGAAAAAGAGGCUGUUGUGCGUCAAAAACUACAAAUGCACUCUGAAUAUUUAUCCAAUCUUUCAGGGCUGAGUAAUUCAUUGGUUUCAAUAAAUCCGCCGGCAGCUACAAACCAUUUGUAUGAUGUUAUAAUUGAUGGUUCUAAAAAAGAUCAUCUUUUUGGUGGUGCUGCAGCAAGCACAGGAAGCCAAAAUGUCUCGCAACAGACACCACCACAGCCAAAUCCAUUUUUGGAUCCAGACGAUUUCCUAAUAAAUUCACAACAGCACCAACAACCAAUGCAAACGGUUUUUAGCUCCAGUCCAUUUGGAAACGUUUUGCCGCCUGGUAGGGAAAACGGUGGUCCUGGAAAGUUAGGUAGUGUAAAUGAUGAUCAAACAGGAAACGAACUGCUAAACAAUUUUAAUAUGCGUAUGUUUUUACCCUCGGGUGAAGCAAAUUCACCUCUCUUAUCUAAUACAAAACCUCAGGACUUUAUUGGCGGUCCAAAUGCUGAUUUCCUUAACGAAACACAAAUGCUAGUGGCUAGAAACCCUUUAGGUCAAAAUAAUUCUUUAGUACAUUCAUGGCUACCUCCGGCGCCUAAUCAAGCGCCUAUGGCCUCCCAGUUGCCGCCCAAUGAGUGGUCAAAUAACAUGUUAGUUGGCAUCCCAAUGACGGUUGUACAAGGUAAUAAUGGUGCUACUGGAAACGUUAAUAAUCUGACGCAGGAAAUUCAACAGGCACCACAGCAGUCUCAAAAGACAAUUCCAACGUCCAUGUGGGAUCUGCCGACAUUGGAACACGUCCCAUCUUUACAAAAAUCACAGCAGCAAACUGAAUCUAAUGCUGCAAAAAACUUUGAUAGACAAAAUUCUUUGAGUAUGCAAGUCGUCAGUGGAAAUGAGGCACAACUAAGUGUAAGUGACGGCCAAAAUUUACUGGAUAAAGUAUCAGAUACUGAUGUUGUUAAACAUGCAGAUACAACCAUGCAAAGCCAACAGCAAAAUUUACCCACAGCGGUAUUGCCUACAACUUCAACUGUAACAAAACAACGGAAAGAGGAAAUAAAUGACAAGUAUCAGAAUGGCAAUACUAAACGCAUUGUUAAUAAGCAACACCUCUCCUCCACUAAAAAUGCUAAGGCAUCCGAUGAGGGCGUGGGUAGUAAAAGAAAUGAAGACGAUCGCCGCCGUGAUCAAGCAGAUGACAAGCGUCGCUUGAAGGAAGAGAAGAAACGCCAACAAGCAGACGAAGAGAAACGACGCCAGCAACAGGUUGAUGAAGAGAAACGUCGACAAGUGCUGGAAGAAAAAGAAAGGCAACAACAGAUACAAGCUCAGCGUCGAAAAGCAAUGUUGGGAACCAAUUCCAAUCCAAAUAAUUCGUCAUCAGGUUUAGAUGGGAGCGUUACUUCAAGCUCUAAGUCUACUAAGGAGCAACGCGUGCAAUCUUCAAUCGCGCCAUGGUCUGCUCAAACUAACGCAGCUGCAACCAAGGGAGGACCAUGCUUGGCUGAAAUUCAAAAGGCUGAGAGGCGCGAACGUCAAAUAGAACAACGUCAAAUGGAGUUGUUUGUAAAGCGCGUGCGUGCUAGUGCUGCCGCGGCUGCUGAAGCAUUUGAUUCAAUGUUAAAAUGGAAUGCACCAGCAAAAGAUGUACCGGUUAAGAAUUUUGCGGAAAUACAAGCAGAGGAAGCUAAACGACUUGCUAAUGAGCAGCUGGAGAUGCAGCGUCGCAAGGAACAAGAACAGCAACAAGCAGCUACAGCUACAGCCAUUAGUGCUUCUAGUAGUGCUGGUUUGGGGUCUAACAGCAUCUCUGCUAUAUGGAGCGGCACAAAAGUUUGGGGUUCGACCAGCACCACAGGUUUCUGGGAGGAGCCAAUCAAGUUUAGUGCAGCCGUCGCCGCCAAUAACAAUUUAUCAAGCAACACUGCAGCUGCUGGAAACAGCGCUGGUUGUAGCAAUAAUAACAACAAACACACACCAACUGGACAACCAAAAAUACCAGCUUCUAUUGCAAACACUCUAGUUUCAUCCAAUAGUGGCCAACAUGAAAACAACCAACAGAUUUCAGCAACACGCAACUUGCGUAAAAGUCAAACCGUGUCUGUAAUGCAAAAUGCUGCAACGCCAAAUGGCAAAACGUCUAAGGUCAACAUUCAACAGCAUCAUGCUAAUACUGCAAAACCAGGUCCCAGCAAUAAAGCACUACCACCGAGAGCUGGAGGUAAUAAUGCCGAUAGCGGCGCCGGUGUUGAAAAAAAGGGCAGUAACAAAAAUCAACAACAGAAUCUCUCUAGUGGCAGUAGCAGUGCUAGUAAUAAUAAACGAGACGAUUAUGAGAAUGAGUUUGUUGCUUGGUGUACGAAAAGUCUUAACAACAUGAAUACAAAACUUGACGUGCCUACCUUUGUAUCAUUUUUACGAGACUUGGAAUCACCUUAUGAGGUUAAGGACUACAUUCGGAUGUAUUUGGGCGAAAAUAAAGAGUCCACAGACUUUGGUAAGCAGUUUCUGGAACGCCGCAGUAGAUACAAAAAUUUACAACGUGCACAAAAUGCUCACAAUGACGAUAUGUGUAAGCCAGCACCAGCCAUAACACCUUCUGGCAAUGAUAAUUUCGACAAUAAGGGAAAGCAAAAGAAAAUUAGGAAAAAUAAAAUGACGAAAUUGGAUGCACGCAUAUUAGGUUUCUCCGUUACUGCUGCUGAGGGUCGUACGAAUGUUGGUGAUCGAGUUUACGUGGACGCGCCAUAAAUAUCACAACCUAUUAUGAAAUUUUCAGCAGUUCGUCUAAAUGGAUUCAAUUUCUUGGAAGCACAUAUUGAACUCAACAACAGGCUUAAGAUAGGGGGGCACAACAUUUGCGUGCAUGUAUGUUCUGUUUGAGGAGAUAGAGCGAAUGGUAUAUUUAUUUGGUUUUAAUAUUCAAUCUUUUGCAUUCUUCUUUUUAGGCUUUUGCUGACAUAUAUAUAUUUAUAUAUAUAUAUAUAUAUAUAUAUAUAUAUAUAUAUAUAUUGUUAAAUAAAUAUUUUUUGCUCCUUUAAAUAGAAAUUCAAUUUCUCCGUAUUCGUUUAAAACGAUUUAUCUACAAGUGUAGCUUAAGUAACAGAAAGUUAAAAAUUUCAGUUAUGAGACAAAAAAUAUCCGAAUGUUACGAGGAGUUAAAACGCAUAAAUAUUUUGUAUUGUCUUCAACUAAGUAAACUUUGCACUUUUAUAAUAAGGAGGCAUAUGGAAAAAUUUAUUUAGUUAUCUGAAAACAGUUAUUUACUACAUAAAUAUAUGAAUUCAAUUUGCGAUGUGUACUUUUUGUAUGCAUUAUAAGAUGGUGGAAAAUUUUGCGUUUGAGGUUUGUUUCAUAGCGAUAUCAUAAAAACCUGCAGCAUAUGUACAUUGAAAUAUGUAAAUAUUUAUGAGUAAAUUCAAUUGUGUAAUCCCUGCAGCAAUUUCAGAUAUGUAGCUCAAAACCAGCGCAAAUCUGGUCCAUUAGUAAACGGAACUGCUUCAGGUUCGCUCUAUCCCUAUAUAAAGCUCUUAACUGCGAUGCCCUACGAUGUAAGCCCUUAUUUCUCUGCACAACUUUGGAACGCCAUGGCGGCUAGUCUAGGGAAUGGAAGUUCCUGUCGGGGUCGCAUAACUAUAAUUCCGUAUCUAACUAUCCAUUUAACAUAGCGACGCGAACUAGGCUACUAACGCAUGUUUAAAAAUGAACAUCCAGCGACACAACCGCCACGCUCUUUUUCGUUUGUUUAUUAGUUCAAUUCGGGUCCAUUUAAUUUUUCUUUCAACUUUUACUUAUUACUUUUUUGCAGCAAUCCUCAGAAGCUCCAUUUAUAAAUUUUAUUUCUACGAUCGCCAAAAAGUUUCUGAUCGUAUUUUACAUACGCGUAUGCAUCGCAUAGAAGCAAAAGUUGUAAUAUGUUAUAUUUUAGAAAUGCGUUAAAUGAAUAAGAAUACAAUUUAAUAAAUAAAUUUUGAUGCUA